AUGACGAGCAUUUCUGACUUGAAGACUGAUGGUAUUGGAGGCCCGCUACAAGUUAGAAUACUGCGAAAAUGGAAACAUGAUGUCCGGCGAUACGAGACUUGGUAUCUUGCUGUCGAUAGAUUUGCAGAUGCUAUACAAAUUCUUGGACAGCGAACAAAUCAGAGUUACAUUGAGUCUGUCCUCCAUGUUUCACAGUGUUACACCAUAUCAGAUUAUAGUUGUCCUCAAUUAGAUAACUAUCAAAAAUUCCUUGAAAAUGAGUUCUACAUCGAUGUUGGCCUCAAGUCCAUCAUACAACCAAUUCCAGAGACAACAACAAUACCCAAAACCUGGUUUCGGUUCGUAUCAAAAUCACAUCUCAUAGACCUCGGAGAAAGACCACCAUACUAUCCAGAUUACAUUGGUGUCUUAUCAAAGAUCAGAGAGUGUACCAAAGCAAGCGGGGAAUCAUUUGUCUUGCUCAUACUAACGGAUGAAAGUGGUAGUAAACUUGCAAUCAAUCUAUGGAAAGAAUGUAUAACCAAUCCAGAAAAAUUCAACCGCGACUCCUUACAUCAACCACCCGCGACAACGGUUGUUGCCGUCACGAACCUAAAACCAUCCAUAUACAAUGGAGUAUUACGUUAUGGUUCAUCACAUGCUACACAUAUCUAUGUGAAUCCGGACAUACCAGAAACAACAGCACUCAUUAAUCUCUUCAGACAUCCACAUCCAAUUCUUUUAUAUCCACAGGAUAAAACAUUCAUCGUACAGGCUUCAAUCAAAGAAUUUCACUAUCAAAACAGCUGGUUCCAAACAAUAUGUCCAAUAUGUAAAGAUCCCAUCUUCAAAAGAGGUGAAAGCUGGUACUGCAGUGCACAUGGACUAAUCGAAAAGCCCACUUACAUAUACAAAUUAACAGUAACCAUCACUGAUGCUACGGACACAAUAUCAGCACUAAUAUCCGAGACAUCAUGUCGGAAACUGUUAAAGUCAUCACUUGAGAACUUUAUAUCCAAUAACCCACACAUAAACAGAAACACCCUACCUCCUAUCAUCACUGACCACAAGGAACAAACAAAAAAGAUGUCGAUCCAAAUGCUUAGAGCAUCAACCCUCGACAAUAUACGCUUCAUAAUAAUAGAUAUUGAAGAGCCAACAACCAAGGCUCAAACGUCUGUGCCAGGAACACCAGCUCAACCACAAAUGACAAGAAUGCGACCAACUGACACAACACCAGAGCCAUCAACACCUGUUGAACAUGUUGUGCGUACUCUCACCUACGAUCCCCAAGAAUCUGCACCAAGAAAAAAUGCAAAGCGGACACUCAAACAGCAGACAUCAUAG